UUCAGAACUAUGAUCAUCCCUUCAAUAUUUCCUUAUAACGUAAUAUUUUGCUUUUGUCCACUUCCAUCCCCUCUCCAUUUCAAUACUACUAGUACUGCAAACUAGUAUAAUAUAAUUGUAGCUUCUUUAUUUAGUAUCUUUGUAUCUGUUCUAGCUAGUGCUGAUUAUCAGUUACAUUAGUCCUCACAAGUGAAACCGGUUACAAUACAGCAUAUAGGUGAGCUUGUGUUGCACGCAGUUUGGUUUUUCUGUGAGCACCUGAAAUUUCUUUUGGAAGAUAAUGUAAUUAUUUAAUGGCUGCUGAGAAGAUGCCUGAUUCCACCAAACCAGGGAUGACUAGAAGCACCUCUUAUCUAGACUCCAUGCAAGUUAUUGCUACUUAAAGAUUCGAUUCUAUUCUCUUUUUAUAUUCAACAAGCAAUUAUGGCAAAGGUUCCCUUGAGCUGGUAUGGGAAAAUGGUCAACUUCACGUGCAGCAAGGAGGUUCAUCAUCAACAUCAAGUGUCGUCACACGAAUGACUCCCUCGUGCGAAGGUUCCUUCAAUGCAAAAAGUGCAAGGUUAAGCUCACUAUACUCCCUCAUGGACUUCCCAGUUCAAAGGGACUCUGCCUUGGACAAUUCUCAACCAAAUUCUCAUCAAAGCAAUGACCAAAAUUCUGGUAAGUUUGCAAAGGCUGCUAAUUCUAGCAGCAAAGGUCUUGAUCGUUCCUUAGUGAUAAACUCACCUAAAGGAUCACCGGGAAGACAAAAGAACCCUUUAAAUUCUGAUACAUCAAACAUGGUUCCAAGAAGUGAGGAAACAACACCUCCUGAUGAGCAAUCUGAAGCUGUUGGUCAUGAUAGUAUUCAUGGAUCUCGUGGUCAAUAUUUUAACCAAACCUCAAGCUCAGCAAGACAUAGAGCAAAGGGAAAAGCUAAUGAUACUAAACAAAAAUACUGUGAUGAAGGCUUGUUGGAAUCUUCUUCCCUAUGCUCCAUUGGAGCCUCAAAUAACAGAAACGUGUGUAGCAGGACACAUGAUGAUAUCGAUGACUCAACGUAUUUAAGCAAUAAUGAUGAAGAACCAGAAGAUGUAGUGAAGGAAAAGCCUGCUUGGGAAGGCACCGGUGUCAAGAGAAGUAGGAAUGCAGAAGUUCAUAAUUUAUGUGAAAGGAAGCGAAGAGAUAAGAUCAACAAGAGGAUGCGUAUAUUGAAGGAGCUCAUACCAAAUUGCAAUAAGACGGACAAAGCUUCAAUGCUUGAUGAUGCCAUCGAAUAUCUUAAGACCCUAAAGCUUCAGUUACAGAUGAUGUCAAUGGGUGCUGGAUUUUGUAUGCCGUUCAUGAUGCUACCUAAUGCUGCUCAUCAUAUGAUGAACACACCCCAUUUACAUCAGUUAAUGGGACUUGGUAUGGGGUUCAGGCCAGGCACAGCCAUGCCUUGUAGCCUCCCUCAGUUCCCUAUUACACCUUUGCAUGGUAUCACUGACAACAGAGUUCACAUGUUUGGUUUCCCUAACCAAGUUCCACCCAUGCCAAUUUCUCAUGCACCUUUCAUUCCAAUGCUUGGAAAUCCUUCUACACAACCCACCCCUCUUGCAACUAGCACAAACAUCAACCUGGCGGAAAACCCUGCUUCUUCCCAGUUAACUACUCUAAUGGCCUCGUCCCCCAAGAACUUGUUUAUUAGUGGACAAGCUGAAUAUGCAACAAAGCAAUAAGCACCGAGUCAGGUUUCCCUUCCCCACUAGCCAUCAAUUUGUAUCCCAAAAAGAGAAGAAAUAAAAUUUAGCAUGUCUAAGGCAAUUGCUAGAAAAGUCGAUUUAAAGAUUGUGGGAUCUGAUAAUAAAUAUUCAGCAACUAGACACUGACACUUCAUGGUUGGAUGCUUUACUGCUUAAUUUGAAACACUGAUGAAAAUGGUCAUUGGAUUCAUUGGAAGCAUAGAAGUAUGGUUCUUAGUUAUCAUCCAGUAUCAUUCUGUAUGAAUUAUUCAAAUUAAGGUGUCUUAUUAGGCGAUGAAGGCUUCUAAUAACAACACAACAUUUAGAAGUUAAAA